AUGCAAUAUAACAUUAAGGAAAUCAUUGCUCGAUUAAAUGAUCAAAGAAAGACAGUAUAAUUUCGGCAUAGAACUCUAAACAGUGAAAACUCUUAGCCAACCUAAAUAGGUGAUGUUAAACGAAGGUUAUCAACUCUUGAUCCUCCAACGAUGAGUAUGCAAUAUUUAGAACUUGACGUAAUGAAAUAAAAAGAAAACAAAGAAUUUAAAAAAGUUACAAACAAAAGAUGUUAAAUCUAAAAUAAACAACGUCUAAUGAUGUUAUAUAGUAAAAAAACUACCCAGCCUCAACAUCAUCAAUCUUUCCUCCCAUUAAUAGAUUUUUCAUAAUUAAAUAAUGAUCCUCUACCUAUAGUAUAUCCCAAACAUGACAAAAUGAUCAAACUUAAGAAAAUAAGCUCAAGAGUAAUGGAAUCAUUGUUCUGA